CACGGUGGCUCAUGCCUGUAAUCCCAGCACUUUGGGAGGCCGAGGUGGGUGGAUCAUGAGGUCAGGAGAUCGAGACCAUCCUGGCUAACACAGUGAAACCCCAUUUCUACUAAUAAUACAAAAAAUUAGCCACUCUGGUGGCGGUCGCCUGUAGUCCCAGCUACUCGGGAGGCUGAGGCAGAAGAAUGGCAUGAACCCGGGAGGCAGAGCUUGCAGUGAGCUGAGAUCGCGCCGCUGCACUCCAGCCUGGGCGACAGAGCGAGACUCCGUCUCAAAAUAAAUAAAUAAAUUAAUUAAUUAAUUAAUUUAAAAAAUGGUAGUGCUAUUAUUAUUGUUAUAGUAUUCCUUAUUAUUAUCAGUAAAUCUGAAGCUCAGAAAAGAAGCAAUUUCAGAAGGCAUCAAGUAGAAAUGGAAACCAUGAGAGUAAAUGAGAUGAUCUGGAAGAGUGUAUAUGGAGGACGUUGAAGACCAGGAACAUUGACAUUUAAGGGGUGGACAGAGGAAGAGGAGCCUAAGAACAAAUGGCCUGAGGAGGAGGAAAGCUGUGCGAGCCCGUGGAAGCCACGUGUAGCAGCCACACAGCUGAUCCUCUGCCUCCUUCCUCCUUCCUAACAGAACCUGUUGUUAGGAUAAAGCUCCCACAGUGCUAGCUCCAACCCAGGAGUGAGUCUUCAUCAGUAAUCUCAUUUCCCUUGCCAGUGGCUGGUUUGGGAAGGUGUAUUUGAUGCAGUUCUGUUCAACAGCACUUGAUAGAAAGUCUGCUGGUGAACUUCUGGAAAAGAUUUCCUUGAUCUUAAAAAGAAAUGCAGGUGCAAAUCAAAACCACAAUGAGAUACCACUUCACACCCACUGAGAUGGCUGGAAUCCAAAAGUCAGAUAACAAGUGUUGGUUAGAACCGUCAUACAUUUCUGGUGGGAAUGUAAAAGACACAGCCACUUUGGAAAACAAGCUGGGAGUUUCCCCAAAUGAUUAAACAUAAAGUUACCAUAGGAUGCAGGGACUUUACGUAUAUACCAAGAGAAAUGAAGACAUAUGUCCACGAAUAAACUUGUACACAAAAGUUUAUAGUAGCACUGUUUAUAAUAGCCAAAACAUGGAAACAACUCAGAGGUUCAUCAGUAGAAGAGUGGACACACAAAACAUGGUAUAUCCACACAAUAGGAUAUCACUUGGCCAUGAAAAGUAAGGACGUACUGAUACCUGCUACAACAUGGAUGGACCAUGAAAACAUUCUGCUAAGUGAAAGAAGCCAGCCACAAAGGCCUCCAGACUGAAGGGGGCCUGCCCCUCCACACCUGUGGGUAUUUCUCGCAAGGUGGAGACAAGAGACUGAGAAAAGAAGUAAGACACAAAGUAUACAGGAAGAAAAGUGGGCCCAGGGGACCGGCGCUCAGCAAGUGAGGACCUGCACCGGCACUGGUCUCUGAGUUCCCUCAGUGUUUAUUGAUCAUUAUCUCUACUAUCUCAGUGAGGGGGAUGUGGCAGGACUAUAGGGUAAUGGUGGGGAGAGGGUCAGCAGGAAAACAUGUGAGCAAAAGACCCUGUGUCAUAAAUAAGUUUAAGGAAAGGUGCUGUGCCUGGAUGUGCACGUAGGCUAGAUUGAUGUUUAACUUUAUAUAAACAACUCAGUGCAGUAAAAAUCAGUAUUGCCGCCAGCAUGUCUCACCUCCAGCCAUAGGGCGGUCUUCUCCCAUCUCAGUAAAUAGAAUGUAUGAUCAGGUUUCACACCAAGACAUUCCAUUCUCAGGGGAGCAGGAGACAGAUGCUUUCCUCUUAACUGCAAAGAGGCCUUCCUCUUUCACUAAUCCUCCUCAGCAUAGACCUUUUAUGGGUGUCGGGCUGGGGGAUUGUAAGGUCUUUCCCUUCCCACAAGGCCAUAUCUCAGGCUGUCUCAGUGGGGGGAAACCUGGACAGUACCCAGGCAUUCUGGGGCAGAGGUCCCUGCAGCUUUCCGCAGUGCACUGCUUCCCUGGGUAAUCGAGAAUGCAGAAUGGCGAUGACUUUUACCAAGCAUACAGCCUGCAAACACAUUUUUAACAAAGCACAUCCUGCACUGCCCUAAAUCCAUUAAACCUUGAGUCAAUACAGCACAUGUUUCUGUGAGCACAGGGUUGGGGCUAAGAUUACAGAUUAAUAGCAUUUCAAAGCAGAAUAAUUUUUCUUAGUACAGAUCAAAAUGGAGUUUCUUAUGUCUUCCUUUUCUACACAGACACAGUAACAGUCUGAUCUCCCUUCCUUUUCCCCACACGGACCUUACGAUUUCAUGCAUAGGGAAGUUCAGGAUAGGGAACUCUAUAGAGACAGAAAGUAGAUUUGUGGUUUCCAGCGUCUGGGGUGGUGGACAAGGAUGGGAGGUGAUAACUAAAUGAUACGGGGUUCUUCUUGAGUGAUGAAAAUUUAUAAAAUUGACUGUGGUGAUGGUUGCACCUGUCUACCAAUAUAUCAAAAACCAUUGAAUUGUACACUUUAAAUGAAUUGUAUGGUAUAUUAAUUAUAUUUCAAUAAACCUGUUUUAAAAAGAGAUAGCCUCAAAAAUACAGACCCUUCUCAGUGUUGUCAUGUCUGGAUGGGAUGGCUGGAACUGAGGGUUAUGUCCAUACAAAGAGAAAGGCAGCAUCAAGACUGACCUGAGAAGCGGCAAGGGACCCUGGCAGUACCAAGCCUGGUUGUUUUUUUUAUGUGACAUGAUGAAUUGUUUCCUGCUUUUUCUUUUAAGAGAUGGGGGUCUCACUGUGUUGCCAGGCUGACCUUGAACUCCUGGGGUCAAGCAAUCCUCCUGCCUCUGCCUCCCAAGGAGCUGGGACUACAGGGCUGCACCACCACACCCGGCAACAUGAUGAACUGUUGAAGCAGCUCGCAUUGUUUUUGUUGUUGUUGUUUGCAAACAACUAAACGUUUUAUGCAAAAAGGGGUUAAUAUAGGGAAUUAGCUGCUUAAAAACCUUUGGAAGUGCUGGGUGAUCAAGCUCUAGGCUGAAUCCCCAGGAAUGACUCCUAGAACACUGCAAAACUGACCAACGGAGCUACUACUUCUGUCCCCUAUCAGGAAGUGGGGACUCAGGAGACCAACACUGGAACGAUUGCUUUCAAGAACACAGCACUUUAAUUAUGACUCAGGGUUAGAAAGCCAUUGCCAAACCACCACAGCCGCCUGUCAGCAGCACCCAACGAAGCCAGUGAAUGAACAUGGAAUACUACUUCAGAAACUGUAUCCAUCUCCUAUACCUUACUUGCUAGAAGAAAACAGUCAAAGCAGCAGGAAGAUGGUAUUUAUUUGACUUCCACCUUCCAGAUGUCUCUCAUUUAAUGACCAACUUAUUUGCUCUUUAUUCCUACUUCCGUCUCAGAUCUAUCUGGAACCAUUUUUCCUUCUGCCUGAUAUAUAUUCUUUAUAAUUUUCUGAAGAUCUGCUUGUGAAGACCUUUCAGUUUUGAUUUUCUUGAAAAUCUCUUUAUUUUGUCCUUGUUCUUGAAAGAUUUUUUUCUUUCUGGGCAUAAAGGAUAGGCGGGUAGUUGUUUUCUUUCUUUCUUUCUCUUUCUUUCUUUCUUUUCCUCUCCACCCUUCCUUCUUUCUUUCUUUCUUUCAUCUUUUUUCUUUUUCUUUUUUUUUUUUUUGAGACAGAGUCUUGCUUUAUCGCUCAGGAUGGAGUACAGUUGUGCAAUCUCGGCUCACUGCAAACUCUGUCUCCCAGGUUCAAGCAAUUCUGCCUCAGCCUCCUGAGUAGCUGGGAUUACAGGUGCACACCACCACGCCCAGCUAAUUUUUGUCUUUUUAGUAGAGACAGGGUUUCACCAUAUUGGCCAGGCUAGUCUCAAACUCUUGACCUCAGGUGAUCCACCCGCCUUGGCCUCCCAAAGUGCUGGGAUUACAGGUGUGAGCCACCGCUCCUGGCCGUUAUUUUCUUUAGCAAAUGAAUACUGUCAUCCUUAAGGGCCUAUUAGCUGCAGCCACUUCUGAUACCAAAUGGUGAAGGUUCAGUACAAGAAAUAGAAGCCAGCAGAAAAGGAAUUUGAUACAGGCAAAUAGGUAGUAAAAAUCAUUCAGUACACUGAAAAAUGAUCUCUAUUCGGGCCUCCAGGAAAAACUCUCUGAACACCCAGAAGUAACUCCAUAAAGCAGCGACCACUCUUGCAACAGUCAGGCUACUGUAAAGCCACCUGUAGAACUUAGCUGGGUUUCGUAACACAGCACUGUGGCCACCAUAACUGCAGCUGUGUCCUCCAUUCCCACAAAGCGGGGACUGGAUAGUGGAAAGCUGAUGCAUGAAAACCCCAUGUCUUCAACGAUCUUGUUUCCCAGGAGAAAACAAAGAAAACUGCAAAAAUAUGGCCUGUCUCACAUCUGCUUUCUAAAUUCUGAAAACCUAAUUUGCAUAACCCAACUUCAAGAGUAUCCACAAAAUGUAGCUUUUUGUUUCCUACCCCUCACAGUACAGUAAGACACCCUAAAAGGAGCUAGGAAUAGUGGAAGGAUCCCUGCUGUCAAAUGGCAGGCAGUGCGGGAGCCUGAAGUGGCCAAUGGUUUUGACAACGCAGAGGCCAAGGAGGCGAGAGCCCCCUCUCUAAAAAAAAAUGAAAUUAAAAAACGAGGAGUGAAUUCAGUGAAUGCAGAUGAUUUGAGGAUCCCUGUGAAGGGAGGAGGACAGAAAGGUAGUAGUAGAAAGAGGGGACAUACAGUUUCAAGGGAGUUUUGGUUGGUUGUUUCUCUAAGAAUGGUAGAGAGAUUCACGUGUCUAUUGAUGGAAAGGAAGGUGUCAACCAAAGAGAACAGAGGGAAGGCGUAGAUGCAUGAUGGAAGGAGAACUUGCAGCUGGUGGGAGGGGAUGCUCAUGAUACAUGGAAAGAUGGUCAUACUUUGCUAAGUGACAAAGCAAAUUUUAAAGCAAACAUUGUAUGAUCCCCUUCCAUUUACAAAUAUAUAAUAGAUACAUUGAAUAUACUCACUGAAUUGUCAGACAUCCCUUACAGAGACAAAACCCAAUUUCAGUGUUGCAAAGCUACACUACUGAGAUGGAGCAGCCCCGGGCAAUGGCACAGGCUUGGGCAGGGUGUGUAGUAACUGGAGGGCAAAAUAAGAGUGGGUGAGGGUGAGAUAGAGGACAGCAGAGCCAUGCUAUCGAAGGCCACAUGCCCAUGAGACUGGCUUGCUCAUAGCGGAAGUCAUGAUGCCAACUUGCCCACCCUCCCAUACGCUGAGGAACAGCCUGCCAUCAGUUCUUCUGGAGCCCAGCUCAGAGACCUAGGCAUAGUAUCCUCCAUUCCCACUCACCCUCAGCAGAUGCCUUCAGCAGUUGUGGAGAUAUACAAGUUCCCCCAUAGUAGUUUUGAGACACAUCCUGUGAUUGCAACACAGUCCCCUCAUGUUUCCUGCACCCCUCCCCCAAAUCAUGACCAGAAGGAUCCGCUGACCAAGGCUGUCUCUUAAAUAUAUGACUUCCUUGAGAAUAACUGGACACAGCUUAAACUAAUUUAGCUUUUCUCAAUCCUUGUCUUAACUCUCAACAUGACUAUUUCUUAUGCCAACGUUAUGCCAAAGUGUAGAUAUAUAAGAAUAAACAAAUAUAAUCCUAUAUUUUCCAAGAAAAUCAUAUAUCAAAAUGUUAACAGUGUUUUUUGUUUGUUUGUUUUUUGUUGUUUUUUGUUUUUGACGAAGUCUCGCUCUUGUCCCCCAGGCUGGAGUGCAGUGGCGCGAUCUUGGCUCACUGCAAACUCCGCCUCCCAUGUUCAAGCAAUUCUCCUGCCUCAGCCUCCCGAGUAGCUGGGAUUACAGGUGCCCACCACCACGCCCUGCUAAUUUUUGUAUUUUUAGUAGAGAUGGGGUUUCACCAUGUUGGCCGGGCUGGUCUCAAACUCCUGACCUCAGGUGAUCCACUGGCCUCAGCCUCCCAAAGUGCUGGGGUUACAGGCAUGAGCCACCGCGCCCAGCCUAACAGUGUUUUUUUGAGUGACAGGAACUGCAUGUAAUUUCCAUUUUCCCCUUUUGGCUUAUUGCACUUUUUACUUUUUCUACAACAAUCUUGUAUUAUGUUUAUGAAUAGAAAUAAAAUAAAGGUUGUUAAACAGGACACAAGUGGAAAGUUGUCCUUGAAUUAUAAAAGGAAUAAAGUGCUGAAAAUAACUAAAAUGCUGGAUAAAAUAGUAUGUAAGCCGAAUAAAAUGUAAGUAGUACUUGGGCAUGAAGACAGGGACUUAGAGAGGUAUGCAAAGCGCAGGAGCCAGAUUUGGACUUGAGGAUACAUACAAAACUGUGAAUUUGAGAGCCUCCUUGGCUUCCUCAUUAUCCAAACCACUGGCCACUUCAGGCCCCUACAUUGCAUGCCAUUUGACAGCAGGGACGCCUUCCACUCUUCCUAUCUCCUUCUAGGGUGUCUUAUUGUACUGUAAAGGCUAGGAAACAAAAAGCUAUUUUUUGUAGAUACCCUCAAAGUUGGGUUAUGCAAAUUAGGUUUUCAGGACUUGGUAGCUUCUCGGGACUAGCAGGACACAAGAUAAAACCUACUGCCCACCAGGAGGGAAGCCUAACAGGAGACUCCCCGCAAAACUGUGACUCUAGAGGGCCACGUUCUAAUAUAAAGGUGGCCUAAGAAAUAAAUUUGGCCGGGCACGGUGGCUCACGCCUGUAAUCCCAGCACUUUGGCAGACUGAGGCCGGCGGAUCACGAGGUCAGGAGUUCGAGACCAGCCUGGCCACAUGGUGAAACCCCGUCUCUACUGGAAAUACAAAAUUAGCUGGGCAUGGUGGCACGUGCCUGUAAUCCCAGCUACUCAGGAGGCUGAGGCAGGAGAAUUGCUUGAACCCAGGAGGCAGAGGUUGCAGUGAGCCAAGAUCAGGCCAUUGCACUCCAGCCUGGGUGACAGAGCAAGACUCUGUCUCAGAAAGAAAAAAAAAAAAAGGAAGAAAAAAUAUUCCAUCCCUACAGGACUGAAAGGAAAAUUGCCCUUGUUGGAUCCUGAUGCUAAUCAAAUUGAGCUGGGGGUGGGGUAUCUCCCUUCAGAAUUUGUAAUCAUGAGCCUGCCCUCAUGAAUUUACAUGACCAGGCACUAUCCCCCUUCCUAAAAGAUACACACACACACACACACACAAAACCUGGAGCCAAAAAUUUGAUUAGAAAUGGUCCUAGGCUUGUAAUGCCCACAGUUACCUGAGAGAAGCAAGUGUAAAUCCUUUCAAGAGGAACUCAGAAAUUUGCCUUCAUCCCUGACCUCAAAGAAUUCCCACAGUAAUAUUCCAAAGAAAAUGAGCAGCCCCUAAAUAAAAUAAUUUACUAACUAUACAAAUAAACAGGGCACUAUGAGUGAGAUCCAGCAGAAACAAGACAGCAGAUUCAGAUCCAGACUUUAGACGCUGGAGUUAUCAAACCUAGUAUAUCCAACGAGUAUGUUUCAUAUCAUUUAAUAAAUAAAAGAGAGUCUUGAAAAUAUCAUAAAAGAGCAAGCAGAUGUGGAAAAAAAUCAAACAGCUUGUAGAAAUGAAAAAUAUAACAACUGAAAUUUAAAACUCCAUAGACAGGUUUAACAUCUAGAUACAGCUGAAAGGAUGAUUAGAGACAUGUAAGAUAGAACAGAACUUACCCAACAUAGCCAAGAGAGCUAAAGAUAGGGAAAAUAUGAAAUAGAACUUAAAGAGACAUGGAAGAUAGACUGAGAAAGUCUAUGAUAUGGUUUGGCUGUGUCUUCACUCAAAUCUCAUCUUGAAUUAUAGCUCCCAUAAUUCCCAUGUGCUGUAGGAGGGACCUGGUGGGAGAUAAUUGAAUUAUGGGAGUGGUUUCCCUCAUACUGUUCUCGUGGUAGUGAGUAGGUCUCACAAGAUCUGAUGGUUUUAUAAGGGGAAACCCCCUUUGCUUCCUUCUCAUUUGCUUGCUUCUCAUUCAUUUGCUUCUCAUUCGCUUUUUGCCUGCUGCCAUGUAAGACGUGCCUUUUCCUUCCACCAUGAUUGUGAGGCCUCCCCAGCCACAUGGAACUAUGCAGAUCUGUGGAUCCAGCGUAGCAUCUGCAGCAGCUGGGACAUCAUUCCAGGUUUUGGGCCCGGUGUGUUGGCAACAACUGGAUCUGAAGAUGGCAGUCAGGGUGCUUUGGGGUGGCCUCAGCCUGUUCCGAGUGCUGUGGUGUCUCCUUCCACAGACGGGCUAUGUGCACCCAGAUGAAUUCUUCCAGUCACCUGAGGUGAUGGCAGAGGACAUCCUGGGCGUCCAGGCCACCCGGCCCUGGGAAUUUUACCCCAGCAGCUCCUGCCGCACGGUGGUCUUCCCGCUGCUGAUCUCUGGCUCUACCUUCUGGCUGCUCAAGCUCUGGGAGGAGCUGGGGCCGUGGCCUGGCCUGGUGAGCGGCUAUGUGCUGCUGGUGGGGCCACGACUCCUCCUCACUGCUCUUUCCUUUGCUCUGGAUGGGGCCGUGUAUCACCUGGCCCCACUGUUGGGGGCGGAUCGCUGGAACGCCCUGGCCCUGCUGUCUGGUUCCUACGUCACCCUGGUCUUCUACACAAGGACCUUCUCCAACACCAUUGAGGGACUCCUCUUCACGUGGCUGCUGGUGCUGGUAUCCUCCCAUGUAAUGUGGGGCCCUACACGCAAGGAGCCUGCGCCGGGUCCAUGGUGGCACAGCUGGCUUCUUGGAGGCAUUGUGGCUGCUGGCUUCUUCAACCGGCCCACCUUUCUGGCCUUUGCUGUGGUCCCCCUCUACCUCUGGGGCACUCGUGGAGCCACAAACCCUGGCUUGAAGUCCCUGACCCGGGAGGCCCUGGUGCUGCUCCCUGGGGCGGCCCUCACAGCAGCGGUGUUUGUGGCCAUGGACAGCUGGUAUUUCUCCAGCCCCGCUACAUCCAGGACCCUUGUCCUUACACCUGUCAACUUCUUGCACUACAACCUGAAUCCCCAAAACCUGGCGAGGCACGGCACGCAUGCGCGGCUCACUCACCUGGCAGUCAACGGCUUCCUGCUCUUCGGGGUGCUGCACGCCCAGGCCCUGCAGGCUGCGUGGCAACAGCUGCAAGUCGGCCUCCAGGCCUCUGCACAAAUGGGCCUCCUGAGGGCACUGGGUGCCUGGAGCCUGCUGUCCAGCCCCAGGUCCUAUCUCCUUCUCCUCUACUUCAUGCCUCUGGCCCUGCUAUCUGCCUUUAGCCACCAGGAGGCUCGGUUCCUGAUUCCCCUCCUGGUCCCCCUGGUCCUGCUUUGUAGCCCACAGACCCAGCCUGUGCCUUGGAAGGGCACCGUGGUCCUCUUCAAUGCCCUCGGCGCCUUCCUCUUCGGCUGCCUGCAUCAGGGAGGCCUGGUGCCUGGCCUGGAGUACCUGGAGCAGGUGGUCCACGCCCCUGUGCUCCCAAGCGCACCCACCCACUACACAAUCCUCUUCACUCACACCUACAUGCCCCCCCGGCACCUCCUACACCUCCCAGGCCUGGGGGCACCAGUGGAGCUGGUGGACAUGGGUGGGACUGAGGACUGGGUCCUGUGCCAAACCCUCAAAAGCUUCACCAGACAACCAGCCUGCCAAGUGGCUGGUGGGCCACGGCUCUGCCGCCUCUUUGUGGUGACGCCUGGCACCACCAGGCGUGCCGUGGAGAAGUGCAGCUUCCCCUUCAAGAAUGAAACACUCUUAUUUCCCCAUCUGACCCUGGAGGAUCCACCAGCCCUGUCCUCCUUGCUGAGUGGGGCUUGGAGGGACCACCUCAGUCUUCACAUCGUGGAGCUGGGGGAAGAAAGCUGACGCUAUGACGAGCACCCACUGCCCAAGACUCAGCCAUGGAAGAUGCUGCCCCACCUUCUACUUGGGUAGCUGGGCUGGGACGCUGGGACAGGACCCCGGUUCUCCUUCACGACUCCCACUGCUGCCUCUCCUGGGCACAGCUGUUAGCUGUUCUGCCUUCUGGGUGAGCUGGCACUCUUCUCCCUGAGACCAAAGAUUUGACCUGUCAGUCUUGAUGUCAAGGUCCCCAAAGACCAGGUUAAGUGACGACACCUGUCUGUUCCUGCCCUGUUGCUUCCAGCCACUGUGAUGUUUGAAAUAUGUAAUAGUACCUGGUUGUGAAAAAAGACAAUGAACUGCUAGCGACAUUCCUCGAUGACCUCUCCCAAACCUCCCAUGAUGCCUUACCCUUGCUGUCAUGACAACCCUCUGGCUUCCUAAGACCCAUCUGCCUAUCGAAAUAUGUGCAAGUCAGUGAGACGAAGUAUAGAGAACAGGUGGCCCAGAUCCAGGGGACCCAACUUCUAGCCACUUGGUCUGUCACCCCCUCGCUGUGUGAUCUUGAGAAAGCCCCUUCCACUCACCCACCCUACUUCCCAGUCUGUUGGGAUCAGAGGAUCUUUGAGGUGUCUGCCAGCUAACAUUGUGUCAUUUCUGGAGUCCACAGUACACGUCCCCUGCCUCGACAGGCACAGCUCUCACAAAGCUCUUCAAGCAUGGAAGUGGGAGUUGUGUUGUACUUCAUGGCACUCUGAUGCCUGCUGUCUCAGUGUUUGGUUAUUAUGCAAACAAGUAAUGUUUGAAAUAUAUAAUAGCACUGGA